UUCGCACCACCCUUGAAGGUCAAGGGAGCUUUGAAAAUGGCUUCUCGGAUCUUCCUUCUCUCUGCCCCACAAUCAACAUUCGCAUACACCCAGACCACAAGCAGACCCCUGCGGGCUGCCUCCACCCCCGGCAAGGCCAGGUGCCUGGCUGGGCUUGGCACUGACCAUGCCAGGGACCAGUGGAAACAGCAUCAAGUGUGCGGAGACAGGGAGCUGGAAGCAGACAGCACAAAGUGCCCGUCAGAGAAGACCACAGCCUGGGCCAGAUACCCCCACAGGAUGGACUCGCUGCAGAAGCAGGAUCUCCGGAGGCCCAAGAUCCAUGGGGCAGUCCGGGGGUCCCCCUACCAGCCGCCCACACUGGCCUACCUCCAACGCUUGCUGUGGGUCCGUCGGGCCGCCAUGCUGAGCCAUGUCAAUGAGGUCUGGCCUAACCUCUUCCUAGGAGAUGCGUAUGCAGCCCGGGACAAGAGCAAGCUGACCCAGCUGGGCAUCACCCAUGUUGUGAACGUUGCUGCGGGCAAGUUUCAAGUGGACACAGGUGCCAGGUUUUACCGUGGAAUGCCCUUGGAGUACUAUGGCAUUGAGGCUGAUGACAACCCCUUCUUUGACCUCAGUGUCUACUUUCUACCUGUUGCUCGAUACAUCCAAACUGCCCUCAGUGUUCCCCAAGGCCGUGUGCUGGUACACUGUGCUAUGGGGGUGAGCCGCUCUGCUACGGUUGUCCUGGCCUUCCUCAUGAUCUGCGAGAACAUGACCCUGGUGGAGGCCAUCCAGACGGUGCAGGCCCACCGUGAUAUCUGCCCCAACUCGGGCUUCCUCCGGCAGCUCCAGGUUCUGGACAACCGACUGGGGCGGGAGACGGGGCGGCUCUGACUUGGUGAGCAGCCGAGCCGGGAACCCUGACCCUCUGGCCAGCAUGGCCCAGCCCAGCCAGCCUGGCCCUGGGGACAGCAGCCUCUGCUGUUUCCAAUGACCCUGAGGCAUCAAUAGCAAGUGGGGGCUUAGCUGAGGCAGAAGCAGGGAGAAUUGAGUGGUGAUCUUUAGCAGGUGGAUUUCCCUGACCCAAUCCAGAGAUUCUUUAUACAAGAGAGUUCAGUCUGUCUCUAUAAUAAAAGGUUCAUCAUAAUAAA